AUGACUCCUGAGCAACAGUCGCUUUCGGAUCUUGCCAAGAAAUGCAAGGCGACUUCAACGGAAUUAUUCAAGGUUUUGAACGAGAUUAAACCGAAGCAAAUUUCGUCCAAUCCCUUCAAGUCACUACGAUAUGCCGUCAAAGCAAAUUUCAAGGCUAAAGACAUCGAAGGCCUAGAGAGCCAGUUGAAAAAUUAUCGUGAUCAGCUCGUUCUCGCACUGGUUGACUUCUCAAGAGUCGAGGCGGCCGAUGGCUUCAGUGAACUGAUCUCACUUGCUAAAGGCAACGAAGCUAGAUUAAAGAGUUUAACCCAAGCCAUAGAGCAUCUACGCCAAUCACAACUCUCUAUACCUGAUUCAAUUGCCAGUACCCAAGCUUGUAUUCAGUUUCAGCGGCUACUGGUGGUCGACGACGAGACCCGCCAGGUAAUUUAUCAAAAUCGCAUUCUAGAGAGCCUCAAGUUCGACGAGAUGCAUCAGAGAUUCGACGCAGUUCACCGUGCGCAUGAAGAAACGCUUAAGUGGGUAUAUAAGCCGGUUGAGGUCAUUGAGGAAAAGGAUGACUUGCCUUACGAGGAGAAAAAAUGA